GAGAAAUCACGGAGUGGAGAAAUAUCCUGCAGGCGCGAGAGGACGCUAAAGAGGUGUCCAUCGCACAGAACGGCAACCACGUCCCAGACAAGCUUAUGAAUCCCGUGCACUUGUUGCAGAAGGUAAAUACAGCUUUGGCAGAUGACUCGUACAUUGUAGUUGAUGGCGGCGAUUUUGUCGGUACCGCGGCGUACACUCUGCGUCCAAAAGGCCCGGCCAGAUGGUUGGAUCCAGGGGCUUUCGGUAUGCCGUGA